GGGAAGCCGGGGAGGGGGAUGUUGGCAGCGCCGGUGCGCCUCCUCUCCUCCUGCCAGCUUCUGGAUAGUGGCAGCAGCUGCCACCUAAACCCCCCGUCCCCCGGCUGUGUGCGACCCCAUGAAGGCUGUGGACAUGGAUCUCUUCGGGGAUCUACGGAGAAUGAACAAGAGGCAGCUUUACUAUCAAGUUCUUAACUUUGCCAUGAUUGUGUCGUCUGCCCUUAUGAUAUGGAAAGGUCUCAUCGUGGUCACAGGGAGCGAGAGCCCCAUUGUCGUCGUACUGAGCGGCAGCAUGGAGCCAGCCUUUCAUCGAGGAGACCUGCUGUUCCUCACAAACUUCCAAGAAGACCCCAUCCGGGCAGGAGAGAUUGUUGUUUUCAAAGUGGAAGGCAGAGACAUCCCGAUAGUCCACAGAGUCAUCAAAGUCCAUGAAAAAGAGAAUGGAGAUAUUAAGUUCCUGACUAAGGGAGAUAAUAAUGAAGUUGAUGACCGAGGUCUCUAUAAGGAAGGACAGAACUGGCUGGAAAAGAAGGACGUUGUGGGCAGAGCGCGAGGGUUUUUACCAUAUGUCGGAAUGGUAACUAUUGUGAUGAAUGAUUAUCCUAAAUUUAAGUACGCUGUUCUUGCCAUCAUGGGAGCUUUUGUACUUUUAAAACGUGAAUCUUAAGCAGAGUAAAAGAUUCUGCGAAAAAGGAGGGGAGACACAAAAUCUUAAUAUAUUCCAUAGUUUCUGUCACAGAGCAAAGCAAACCAGCGAACAGUCAUCGACCGGUACAAAUAAAUAUCUUCAGACAAACCCACCCGUCCUGCUUCGUAUUUAUUUUAUUUCUAGGGUUCAUCGAGCCAUUUGGCAAAUUUUAUGAGGCAAUAGCUUUUUUUUCUAAAAAUGUGACCCAAUAAAAUGGACAAAAAAAUG